AUGGACGGCGAGUUCACGGUUGAAUAUCUCGGCUGUACUACCCUUUCUAAAGCAACCACUUCCGGUCUAGGGUUAAUCCAAAAACCACUACGGGAGAAGUAUAUAGAAUUCCGGAAAGCCACAAAGAACAAAAAACUUAGUCAGGAGGCAAUACUAAGGGUUAAUCGUGAUGGUCUGACAGUGUUGUUUCCAGGAGCUCCCCCGGGACAGGCUAAUCAGAUGUUCUAUGGUUUCGAUUCAAUCAAUCUGUUUGAAGCCGUUCGUUUCAUAUACAGGAAGGGUCCGGACAAAAAAAUGGGGGCUGGGUUUUUGCCGAUUGAACAAAACCGAAAUCUGACCAAUGGCGCAGAUAAUCUGUUUUCCCAUUUGGAUAAGAAGAAUUACAACCUGUUGAAAAUGGAUCACCCUGCCAUGCUGGCCUGCGUCAUGAGGCGAACCACUGGAGUGCGUGCGCUCGAAUGCCACUGCUUUAUUGCAGAAAGCGAUGGUCAGGCGCUAAGAUUUGUUACCAUGUUCAGAGGUUUGCACCAGCCAGAAUUCGAACGUGAACCUUCAUUUCAGAAUCGCUUUGGUGAAUACUCGGGGCCUGCCUACGGGGGUCACCACCCCGAUAUAUUACGUAGCAGUUAUGGUGAGUAUGGAGAUUACCACAAUGGACCUCCUGUGGGUCAUGGCCCAGAUCACAACAGACCUCGAGCGGACAUAUACUAUCGCGAGAACAGACGUUCGGACGGAUGGGAGGAACCUGUUCGUCGUGUCAGUGACGAGCAGCCCAUGGAAGAUAGGUACUUGGGAGAUGGUAGGCAAUUCUUCGGUGGACCAUCACGUGAUUUAGCACCCCCAUCACGUGAUUUGGGGCCUCCAACCCGAAAUAGAUUGUCGGGAGAAGAUAGACAUUUCUUGCAUGAGCGCCAGUCCUCGGGAGACAGUGGUUCGCGUGGCUAUCAUGAAGCCCAUAGAACAGACAACAAUGGUUUUAUACACGAACGACAAAGAUCUGGAGAAAUUAUUCGUGGUGAUAGACACUCUGAUUACGGAGGGGAGAUAAUCCGUGGUGAUAGACACUCCGAUCACGGGCACGGAGAGCGUUUCUCUAGGCCACAAACACGAGAAGAUGGUCGUGCUGGGCGAGUUAUGUCCCCUGGCAGAUAUAGAGAACCGCCGUCCACUGCACCCAAGCCCUCCCGGGCAUUGUCGCCUGGCCCACGAUCACCGCGAUCACCUCCAUCUUCCCGACAUCCAGGGUUACCAAGGCAACCAUUCGAUAGUCCUCCAUCACCCACUUCGUCCAGACCUUUACCAAGACAGGAACCAGGAUAUUCUGCCUCAAAUCUCGAAAGUCGACAGCUUGAGGAAAAACAAGCUGCCAAAGUCAAACCUGUUGCUAAGGUCCCUCCAAAUCACGUGCUUGGUGUGAAAGUCUUACCUACAGGUCUUAUGGCGGCCCUUCCAAAAAAAGUAGAGGCAGAGCCGUCACGGUUUAAUGACGAUGAAGAGGAUCCGUACGAUAACGCAAUGUCGAGAGAACAAUUUUAUGACGAAAAACGAAACUUUAAAUCCGACAAAGAUAAAUGGGACUACGGGGGGCACAACGAUGAUUUUCGAAAGCCAAGUCCUGGCGGUUAUGCGCCUCCGGAUAUAGUUCCGCGUCACGAGAGAGACCAACGGUAUGAUGCAGAUUACGGUGACAUGUACCGGAAGCAAAAUCGUUCUUCUCAACAUAAGCAAAGUGGAGGUGAUGCAGACAAACCCUGGUCAUUUGACAGUGAAUUCCAAAAGUAUGCCAGGCACGCAAGUGACGAUAGUAAUAGCGAUAGGGGGUCGUAUGGACAUUCUAACAACGCUUCCGAUCGUAAAGGGGGAGGUAACGAAUUAUCCGAAAUGUUUUAUAACAUGAACGUCCAGAGAGGCUCGAACGAAAAGACAAAGACAUCAGACACAAACUUUGAGCAGCAGCUUGGCUACUUACCGUAG